GUAUCAUACCCUAUCUUUCUUAUUUUAUAUACAAUCCCUAUUCCAGUGACUUAUAUAAAACAAUACCUUUUUUAUGAUGACUUUGGUUAGUGAUACUAAUACUCCACCACCACAACCUCCACCGCACCUCGUUAUGAACUCUUCUCUUGCCCAGGAAGAUACUGGUUCAACAACUCCUCCACCUCCUUAUACUUUUAAUUCAACUCGUCAAGAAACUAAUCAAUCAACUGAUACUCAAAGGAUAACACCAUCGAAUCAACCUGAUUUCUCUUUAUUGGAUUUGAAUCUAUUUGAAACAUGCAAAUCAACAACAUCCUAUUACAGCAGUUGCGUGAUCGAAGAUAGAUUUCUUUUAUUGGGACACUCUACGGAUGGUUUACAAGUAGUGGAUUUGAAGGCAUUAAAAGAUCAACAAAAGCCAAAAACCAUCAUAUGGAUUCAAGCUCGUCAGUUGAAACUCUUAUCUAGUUGUGGUCUUUUAUUGGUAUUACCUGACCGAAUGAAGAAAGUACGGUGUUAUUCCUUGUCAGCUAUUGUUAGGCUUUGUUAUGGUGUUCUUGAAUUGGAAUGGACGAGCCACUGUACGACAAUCUACCCCCUCGGGAAUCUUCACACGUGGUGGCAACAUACAUCAUCAUCAUCAUCAUCAUCAUCAUCAUCAACAACUUCAACAGAACAAUUAGACUCAACAAUAACAUCAUCAUUAUCUACUUCUUCAUCGAAACCUCUUGUUACACUCAAUGGUAGUUUAAGGAAACGAUAUAUGUGGGAAAACAAAGUAGCUUUAGAAGAUUUUUGUUACAAAUUGCCAAAUACCAAAGAUGCAAUCUCUAUUCAUCUCUAUCAAACAAGUGGUUAUGUCUUUGUGGCCAUUCUUCAACGCGAUCGUAUCCUUUUGUGGCAACAACAACGAAAUCAGCAACGACCCCUUACUCUAUUGAAAGAAUUUUGGAUUCCUGCGGAAGCACAGACUAUCUCAUUUGCGGACGAUCGUGUGACUCUGCGGCAUAUUGUGGCAGUAUUUCCUCAUGGAGCAUCUUUGAUCAGUAUUCAGAAUAGUAAGGUGAAAACUGUCCCAAUUGACGCUAAACUAGAGCAACUUUACCAGGCGGCUUGUUUUCGACAACAAUAUGCAUAUCAUGGAUUAUUGACAACAACGAAUCAUCAAAAUCAUCCAUCAUCAUCACCAUCAUCAAUAUCGACAACCAGAUUCACACGAUCUCAUUCAACAGGAAUGGGUACUUCAUCUCGUUCUGAUCUUCCUUUCGUUUCAACAUCAUCAUCAUCAACAUCAUCAUCAUCAUCAUCAUCAACCACAACAACGUUAGCAUCUUUAGCAUCAUCAUCUCGUCGACCUCUCAGUUUCAAUGCGCCUUCACUACAAUGGACAUCCUUAAUUCAGCUUCCUUUUUAUCCUGAUGGUCUUGCCUCAUUAACAAUGGAAUUCUCAAUCCCACCUUCCUAUGACACUGUGAUGACACGCACGCCCUUUGAAGCCACAGAUGCAGUGGCAGUACCAAGCAUGACAGCUCCACAACUCUUUUUCGCCACAUUUGGAUGUCAUAGUAUGAUCAUUGACAUGAACGGUGUUCUUUUCUCGACACAAGUCUAUAGCUGGCCUGACCCUCCUGAUGGCCAUAUUGCCUUUUUGCCAUUACGACCCAACGACUGGUACGCAGUAGGAUUUGCAAAAGAAAGUGUGAAUGUGAUGCACAUGACAUCUGCAACUUCUCAACGUAUUAUGGCUGGUGUCACCGUACGUUAUCUUGGUCAAUCUGGUGAUUCUUUGAUUUGGUCCUGUAUAGAUGGCAAAUCCAAUCAAGUGUAUUCUCUCUCACGGUCUUCUUCGUUAGAAUAGUUUUAGUAUUAUUCUUAUUAUUAUUAUACGAUACCAAAUAAUCAAUUGUAUUCAUAUCCUGUUACAUUUGUUUUUAAAUAAACCCUACUACAUUCCUUUUUUUUUUCUUAUUGGAACAUUGUAUGUUGAAAUAGUUCAAAAUAUAACAAAUCAAUGAC